UACAUUCUCGGCCUGAUUCCUCAUCCGAACCCUGUCACUGACCCUUCCAGCGCCAGUCACUGGGACCUUAACAACCUCUGCAUCAUUGCAGUGCUUCGUACUCACUCCAGUCCUGAGGAACAAGAAUUCCUUUGUCCUCAUACAAACACUUACCUCGCUUGGGGGGCCCUUCGAUCCUGCCACGAGAAAAUAGGUCCCAUUGCGCAAAUUCUGAUGAUCCAACAGGCCCUAACCAUGUGCUAUCAUCGGUCUGAACACCUCUCCACAACGCGCACUGAGAUCAGUGAUAUGGUUAGAUGCAUAUAUGCUAUAGGAAUCCCUAAAGAAGACGACUUUACCACCAUCAUUAUGCUCAAUGCUAUGAGUGACAAACUCCCUCAUGUCAGAAACCAUAUUGCUGAUGCCCUCUCCACCAGCACGUCUGCUGCCACCUAUGGACCAGCAAACAUUCGCUCAUGCUUAGACAUGGAACAACAGCUC